AGCGUGCCCCGCCCCCUACGGGGCACUAGCGCGGAAACUGGCUUUGCGUUGAUGAAGGAACGUACUUUGGCGUUCUUACGAGCUGUCCAGUACAAAUUAUUGGCAGAAACAAUGAAUUAAAGAUUCAAAAAAUAACCCACCAGUCGGUCGCAGUGGCUUAUGCCUGUAAUCCUAGCACUUUGGGAGGCCGAGGCGGGCGGAUCACUUGAGGACAAGAGUUCGAGACCAGCCUGACCAACACGGAGAAACCCCUGUCCUACUAAAAAUACAAAAUUAGCCGGGCGUGGUGGCGCAUGCCUGGAAUCCCAGCUACUCGGCAGGUUGAGGCGGGAAAAUCGCUUGAACCUGGCAGGCGGAAGUUGCAGUCCGGCACUAUUGGCACCAGGUCACCAGGACCCGCUUCAGCACAAGGAAUGACAUCAAGGUGCCACUGCAGAAACGGGCAGUGCCCUCCAUGAGGUGCGAAACUGUCUUCGAGCUGACUCCUGAAUUCUUCAGUCCUGGAAAGUCCAGGGGCCUAGGUUCUCAACAAUGGGCACAAAGGCAGAGAUGGGGAUACCAGAGGAGCCUCCAGGAAUCAUGGGCCCAGAACCUGCUCUCUCUACAGCACCCAUGUCCAGGACCACCUUCAGGUGUCCACACCUACUCUCAGCCCAUCUUUUGUACCACCUCCAAUUCAAACACCUGUCUACUGCCUCAGGAUAGUUCCUGGAAAGCAUGGCAGGUGCCUUGGUGUCUCCGUGAUGGUCAGACUCGCCCUGCCUUAGAUAUGUGUCAAGAGAUGGAGCAGCUAUUGCUUCACUCACAGGAAAGCUCAGAGGCUGCAGUUUUGUCCCAGAGAGCUCCUGUCUGAUCCUUCCCACCAAACACUGAGAAUGUGCACUUGGAAGUCUUGGGACUGUCCACCAGAGGCCUGGGAACCAGGGGGUAAAAACCAGACAGCAGGCAGAGAGGAUAGUAGAGAGACCCAGGCUCCAAGGUGGAUGAACCAGACAGGGAGCAGACGGGAGGAUGCUUCAGAAAUCCAGGCAUCUGGGGAGCAGUUCCCAGUAGACUUUGGAAUGGAGGGUGAUGCAGAGACUAAAGUGUUGGAGUGUGCAAACCAGAGACUAGUAAUAAGUGAAACUGAUGGCGAGAUCUUGACACCAGGGUGGGACAACCAGGACCAGAUGGGAGUUGAGAGUAGAACCAACAUUCAGGAACUAGGGAAUAGAAACCAGAGGGAGGCUGGAGGUAAGAAUCCCCCCGAAACCCAGGCACAUAUGGGAGAGAACCAAGAACAGUUAAGAUGUAAAAUUGAUGCAGAGACCCAAACACCUGAGUGGGAGAACCAGGAUAAGAAUGGAAGUGAGGAUGCUGUGGAGACCCAGACAUUUGAGAGGAAGGACAAGAAAGAGGCCGGAGGGGAGGAUGGGGAAGAGAUCCAGGCUCAAGGAUUGGGGAAGCAAGGCCAGACUGGAGAUGAGAAUGGUGAAGAGACCCAGACACCACAGUGGGAGAAACAAGAUCAGAUGAAAGGUGAGGCUAAUGUGGAAAUUCAGACAGAAGAGGGCAGAAACAAGGACCAGGUUGGAGGUCAGGAUGCUGCACAAACCCAGUCAUGUGGGAAGGAGAACGUGGGAGAAGUAAAAAAAGCGAAUAGUGUAGAGACCCAGGCCUUGGAUUGGAGAAAACAGGAAUGUACUGGAAAUGGGAAUGUUACAGAGAUCCAGACACCAAGGUGGGAGAAGCAUGAUCAAGGUGGAAGUAAGAAAGCUAAGAAGACGAAAGUAUCUGGGGGAGAGAACCAGAAACAAUUAAGUCAUGAAAUUCAAGUGUGGUGGGGAAAUAAGGGCCUGAGAAGAGGUGAAGAUGCUAAGGAAACCCAGAUAGCUACCAAGCAGCAGCUCAGGGAGAUAAGAGAGAAGGACUGGGUGGUAAUCCAGGCACUAUGGUGGGGAAACCAGAGACAAGUAGCAAGUGAAAUUCAUAGAGAAUUUGAGAUACUAUGUUGGGAGAAUCAGAACUGGACUGGAGGUGAACAUAGAGCAGAAAGUCAGGCAGCAGAGAAGAGAGACCAGAGAAAGGAUGGAGAUGAGGUUGGCACAAAUAUCCUGGCACCCAAGGCUGAGAUCCAGGAACAAUUAAAAGGUGAAACUGAUGUGGAGACGCAGAGCAAUGAGCCACUUAGAGAAGAAGAUGGUACAUACAUUCAGUCACUAGGUAGGAGAGAGGUUAAAGAUGAGGAUGAUAAAGAGACCCAGGAACUUGGGGGAAAAAAUCAGGGUCAGUUAGGAAAUGAAUUUAGUGGAAACAUUCACAUACCAAAGGCGAAGAAUCAGGAACAUAUUAGAGGCAAAGAUGGUGCACGUACCCAGACACGUGAGUCAGGGAACUGGGACAAAUUAAUAAGUCAAAUUGAUGGAGAAAUGCAUUCAGCAGAAUGGAAGAAAGAUGAGCAGAUUGGAGGUGAGAAUGGGACAGAAAUUCAGAUACAAGGGAAGAGAAACCUGAGAGAAGUUGGAGGUGAGGAUGGUGUAAAGACUUGGGCGCCUGGGAAAGAAACCCAGGGUCAGUUUAGAAGUGAUCUUGGUAGGAAGAUCCUUUUAUCAGAGUGGAAGAGCCAGCAGCAGAUGGGAAGUGAGAAUGGAACAGAAAUUCAGGCUCCAGUGGAGAGAAACCAGAGAGAACCUGGAGGCGAGGAUGGUGUAAAGACUCAGAGAUCUAAGAGAGAGAACGAGGACCAGUUAGAUGGUGAGAUUGGAGGGAGUCAUUCACCAGGGAGGAGGAACUGGGAGCUGACUGGAAAGAAUGUUGCAGAAAAUCAAGCAUCAGAGAAGAGAAACCAGAGAGAGGUUGGAAACAAGGAUGGUAGAAUGAUCUGGAGGCUUAGGGGAAAAAACUGGAGACUUAGAGCAAAGAACCAGAGACUGUUAAAAAGUAAAGGUAAUGGAAAGACCUGUUUAUCAGUGUGGAAGAACCAGGAACAGGGUAGAGGUGGGAAUGAUGAAGAAAUUCCAAUACAGGGGAAGAGAAACCUGAGAGGGACCACAAGUGAUGAUGGUACAGAGACCCAGGCUCCUGCAGGAGAUGACCAGGGACAGUUAAGAGGUGAAAUUGAUAAAGAGAUCCAGGUACAAGGGCAAGGAAAUAAUAAUGAGGGUGGAGAUGAGGACGUUGCAGAACUCCAGGAUAUAGGAAGCCAGAGAAAGUGCACAGAUGAGGAUGUUGGAGGGCCUCAGGCACCAAGGGGAGGAAACAAAGAUCUGGUCAGAGGAGAGGAUGCUGUGAGAGACAGUCUCCAAGUCGACUGUUCUGGGAAUGAGAGGCCCACAUGCAGGAAGCACAGCUUACCAUGGCCUCCAGCCUUCACUGGCUAUGGACAUGGGACCCUGGAACAGGAACAGGCAGUGGCUGUGAAUGGUUUCACCUCUGCCCCCUGUCCUGAGACGAAUCCUUUCCCCCACAGGGGUGAAGUCUUCCUGCUGGUGGAUGGGGAUGGAGAGCAUCUGGCCAGCCAAGGCACAACCCCUGCCAGGGAUCAUAGAGUGGGCAUCAGUCCAGCCUCCCAGCAGGCCCAACCUGAAACCUGGAGAAGACGACAAAGGGACAAAGGGGUGGAUCCAGAGAAGGCCCCCAGCCUGACUCGGCAGCCCCAAAACCCUCUGUCUCUGACUGCUCCCUUGGGCAUGCCCUCUGCCUGCCCCUGUCUCCCGUGUGGCCCAGCCCCGGAAGCUGCCAACGCUCUGGAGGGUGCUCCCAUUGCCCUCACUGUCCUGCCCAAGGGGACAGGCCUCAAGAAGAGCAAACGACUACUCCUGGAGUCCCUCAUGCGGAGAAGGAUUGCACACCUGAAGUGGGGUCUUCCCCGGCGGAUCCUGGAGUCCUAUUUCCUGUUUAACUUCUUAGGAUCUUGCUCAUUGACCCUUGCUGGGGCGAGGCUCCCUGGACUGAACACAGGCCAGCAGCUCCAAGCGCAGCAGGAAGGGUAUUGUGAGGCCCAGGGCUCCUCACCAGGCCUUAAGUCCCCAGAGAGGUUCCAGAGGGUUCUGCGCCCAGACAGAAAAAGCUCAAAACUUCCUACACAAGCCAGAGCUCUGGAGAGCAACAGACUGCACAGAUCAGAGCCCAUGGGCAUUUCCAUCCAGCCUGAAAGGGCCAUGAGAGUCAGGCCACCCGGGGGCGCCAGAGAACUACAGAAGAUCCAGGAAGCACCUGCUAGGACCAAGCUCCAGUCUCCCAGGAUCCUCAGGCCGGCAGCGGAGUCCAGGAGCUGGUGUGGCCUACAAAGGGUGGGAGAGCCUCCCAAUGAGAACAGCAGGGGCAGGAAAAUGAUUAGGUCAAAGGUCUCCCAGGUGGCAGAAAGGGCUCCCAGUAGAAUGAGGACCUCAUCCUCCAGGGCAGACCUCGCCCACUGGAAGAAGGAAUGUACAUCCUGGGAGCCCUCUAAGCCCCCCAAGCCCCCCAGACUCAAAUGCCAGCAGACCACAUACAGAAGAGGAAGCCUGGAAUCUACAGGGUGCAGAGGGGCUGGGCAGCAGCCUUCCUACCAUCGUGCAGAACCUGUCAGCUUCAAAGGGAGGCUCCACUCUGCGGUGGCAAAGCUGAGCCUGACCCUUCUGAACAAGAUGUCCUGGUCCCCACAGCUCGCCAAGUGCCAGCACUUGGCCCCUAACGUGAGCCUGAGGGAACCUGAUUCUACUCUGCUUCCCAAAGUGGGUGAUCCACGUGCAGGGGAGGACAGCAUCGGAGACCACACUGCUUCACAGAGGGAUCUUCAGCCGCAAGGUCACUGCUGUACUGGGGCCACCCUUCCUAAGACAGAGAGUCCCCAGGGCCAGGGAGCACCUGGGAACCCAAAUGGGGCGCCACAGAAUACACCAGCCUCCAAAAAGUUUAGUAUUAUGAAGCAUCUGAGUUUUUUUCUCUUCCAGCAUGGCUUUAAAAAGCAGACUCAGGCCCAGAGUCCUCAGGACACAUCAGAAAAGCUUUGACAGUGUGCUGAUCCCCACAAAACCUCUAAUAAAUUGGUCAUUUGGG